GAGGAGCAAAACGGGCGCCAUGGGGUCCCUCGACAAGCUGAGCGACUCCAUCAAGGAUGCCUGGGACCGGGCGGCCGAGUACUCGAAGGACAACAAGGCCGUGGUGGGUGUCGUGGGCGCGGGCGUCCUGGUGCUUGGUGCGUCCUGGUUGCUUCGACCUUCGAAGGGCAAGAAGAAGCCCAGCGCCUCCCAGCUCACGGGUGGAGGCAUCGGCCGGGCCAGGGUGAAGAAGGAGUUUGACGAGUACUCCAAGUCCUACAGCACAGACGCGGGAGCUGGGAUCAUAGAACGAUCCAAGACCACUGAGCUCGUGGACACCUUCUACAACCUAGUGACGGACAUCUACGAGUGGGGAUGGGGCCAGAGCUUCCAUUUCUCUCCACGCCUGCCAGGCAAGGACUGGGCCUCAUCAGAGGCAGCUCACGAGGCCAGGCUAGCUGCUCUGCUGAAGCUGGGGCCUGGCAAGAAGUGCUUGGAUGUGGGAUGUGGUGUGGGCGGACCCAUGCGCACCAUUGCCUCGACCAGUGGCGCUCAUGUCACUGGCAUCACCAUCAACGACUACCAAGUCUCAAGGGGAGUUCACCACAACACACGGCUGGGACUGGAGAACCUCUGCCAGCCCACACAGGGCAACUUCUUGGACAUGCCCUUCGAAAACGAGGUCUUUGAUGCCGCGUACGCGAUCGAAGCAACGUGCCAUGCCAACAAGCUGGAAGAAGUGUACGGAGAGGUGUUCAGGGUGCUGAAGCCCGGCAGCUACUUCGCGUCUUAUGAAUGGGUGGCCACCAAGGAUUACAACCCCAGCAACCCUGACCAUGUCAGGAUCAUGGACGAGAUCAACUACGGAAACGGCCUCCCGGAGAUGCGGACUUACAAAGAGGCAGAAGCAGCUGGAAAGCAUGUUGGCUUUGAGCUGGUGACCAGCAUUGACAUCGCCACCGCAUCACCUGUCGCUGGCCCCUGGUAUGGGCGCCUCAAGUGGCUGCGCGACUCGCACCUGAUCACCGUCAACAGGGUGCUGGUGAACAUUGUGUCAGCGCUGCACAUCGCGCCCAAUGGCAUGUACGAUGUGCACGAGAUGCUCGUGAAGGUGUCUCUGAGCCUCGUGCAGGGCGGCGAGUCGGGCGUGUUCUCACCCAUGCACCUGCUGCUCUUCAGGAAGCCCGAAAGCCCGAAACCCCAAUGAGAGAUUGAAGCAGGGAGAUUUCUGGGUGCACCGUACUGGCGAAUAACUGCCCAAGCAGGCUGCCUGAGUGAUCAUGUCGAUGGCUGCCUUGGAACUUGGUCUAGCACUGCAAUAUUAAUAUGGUUAUUAUGAGAGUCACAACUAGCUAGCUAGCUUGAAAGCUCGUUUGUAUUGUUAUAAUCCAAUACUAUUGAGAGCAAAUUUUGGUAUUUGGUUUCUCUGUGAGGGAGGUACUGCGCACAGAACGGUACUGGCCAGGUAAUGCGACGCAACACUUGAGACUUUGAAGGAUGCUUCCUAAUCAACAUGGAUGUGCAGAACACCCGCAAGGAGAUACCACCCUUCUUCUGAUUUGCAUUUCUUCUUGGAUUGCGCUGCACAUUCCCGCACAUAUGGUAAACUCCAUGGGUCAAAUC